UCUCGCCCUCCCCACCCCGAACCUGGUUUACGGCUCUUGGCUCCAGCUCCAGUGCGGCUUCUGAUUGGCUGCUGAAGACUUGGUCCCACCCCUGUGACCCCAAAGUGCUGAAGGGAGGGGGCGGGGGUGGCCCAGUGCAAAGUGCAUCCCGAAAGCCCCCGGUGCGGACACCCCUCGCUGCUAGCAUCUCAGGCCCGGUACGGCGUGGGAUCUCGCUGUCCCGAGACCUCCUGAGUCCCCCCCUCGGUAAGGUGGGAGCCUCCGGCCCGGAGCGCGGCAGCCCCCGGCUCCGAGUCCCCCACACCCCGAGUCGGCACUUCCUCCCUGCACCCCUUCCCCUGGCUUGCCGGCGGGGGGGGGGGAGCUGAGACCGGCACCCCUAGUCUGCUGGAGUUACCUGGAUGCUCCCUGUGCUGGGGCACUGAGAAGAAUCAGGAACCACCGUGUCCGGCCCUGCCCGUGGUGCUUCUUCAAUGGAGAAGUUGGUGAAUGUGGAGGGGGCUGAGAGGAGGAAGAGAAGCAGCAGCUGAGGGGACAGGUUUGAGCCGGCUGGAGGAAUAUUGCCAAAGGGGUCUUGCCCAUCCACCCGCAGGAAUCAGUAGGCAGAGUGCCUCUGAACAGCGUCCUCCGUUAAGGUUGAGAAGGCACUUCGCCUCUGGAGGCUGGACACACUCAGAACGUUUUCCCAUGAUGCUGUGUGAGCACCAUGGUUACUAGACAGCCCAUAGACCAGGAGAAGGAACCCUGUUCCAUGAGGCUGCUUCCUGUGACUUCAUGACUCCUUUGUGAAAAGCAGACUUUGCUAGGAUGUUACACCACCAUUGUCGAAGGAACCCUGAGCUCCAGGAAGAACUGCAGAUCCAGGCCGCCGUGGCGGCUGGGGAUGUCCACACAGUGCGGAAGAUGCUAGAACAAGGCUACUCUCCAAACGGCCGGGAUGCCAACGGCUGGACCCUGCUCCACUUCUCUGCAGCCAGAGGAAAGGAAAGAUGUGUCCGGGUAUUUCUAGAACACGGAGCUGAUCCCACGGUGAAGGACUUAAUCGGAGGCUUCACUGCUCUUCAUUACGCAGCCAUGCAUGGCCGGGCCAGGAUCGCACGCCUGAUGUUGGAGUCGGAAUAUCGGAGUGACAUUAUUAAUGCAAAAAGCAAUGAUGGCUGGACUCCCCUCCACGUGGCUGCCCACUACGGUAGGGACUCGUUUGUCCGGCUCCUCCUGGAGUUCAAGGCCGAGGUCGACCCGCUCAGCGAUAAAGGUACCACCCCCCUUCAGCUCGCCAUCAUCCGAGAGAGGUCGAGCUGUGUGAAAAUCCUCCUGGACCACAAUGCCAACAUUGACAUUCAGAAUGGUUUCCUGCUGCGAUACGCUGUCAUCAAGAGCAACCAUUCUUACUGCCGGAUGUUCCUUCAGAGGGGAGCAGACACAAACUUGGGGCGCCUGGAGGACGGGCAGACUCCUUUGCACUUGUCCGCCCUGAGGGAUGAUGUUCUGUGUGCACGGAUGUUGUAUAACUAUGGCGCAGACACGAACACAAGGAACUAUGAAGGUCAGACCCCACUGGCUGUUUCAAUAAGUAUUUCGGGAAGUAGUCGGCCGUGUUUGGAUUUCUUACAAGAAGUCACAAGACAGCCCAGAAACUUACAGGACCUGUGUCGAAUUAAAAUUCGACAAUGUAUAGGCCUUCAAAACCUGAAGCUACUUGACGAACUGCCCAUCGCCAAGGUCAUGAAGGACUACUUAAAACACAAAUUUGAUGAUAUCUGACAGGCCAGGACUGUGAGCAAGAUGAGGAGUUCAUGUUCCAGAUAUUUAAAAGGCGCUUUUUUUUUUCUGCCUUGCACAAAGUAUAUCCUAUGCAAUUUCUGAUUUGCUCUAAAGUCAGAAAGCAGGUAUACACGUUGGGGGCGGGGGGAGGGUGGUUUGUUUGUUCGGCUGGUUGGUUUUCCUCGGAGAAGAGGGAUUUUUUUUAUAUAUAUACAUAUCUCUCUAUAUAUAAACAUACCACAUGCUUGAAGGUCUUAAUUUGGUUUCUUGGUCCAAGUUUAUGAGGUCCAAGCUUUCUAUACAAUAUUGCAUUUAGGAAAAUUGUGUUUGGUUUUGUUAUUUUUUUUUCUUCCUAAGUGAUGUAAGCCGGUUUGAAGUGGAGAAUUUUAUCCUUACACAUUUAUGAUUUUAUUUGUGAGUGCGGUACUAAAAGCCAGCAGAACACUUAUCAAGGUUUGCUGUCGAUUUUAUGGGGUGGGGGGAGGGAUGGGGGUGGGGCUCCCAGGUUAAUAUACUAAAAGUACCCUAAGAAAAGUUUUUUAAAGUCAUGGCUGUCACUUUAUUCAUUCUGAAUCGAGGACAAAUUGGCGAUUUCAAACUUUUUUUUUUUUGGUCCUCUCUAAUUAAUGUAGCUUUCCAAUGACAGAAACCCAGUACCUCUGCUUUUCCUGUUGGUGUGCUCUUGUUUUUUAACUUAUUAUUUUUUUUAACUGUAAGACACUACUCUGAGACAUGGUGUUGUGACUUUCUGUCUCUGGUUGAAUUGUACUUUUUAAAGAAAUUAAUGGGAAAGAAAGCAACUUUAUAAAGCCAGUGUAUUUUUUUUUAAUCACUCUUCUAGUGCAAUACACUUCCGCUAUGUCCUGUUCAUAUGUUUCUCUGGCUCUUCCCCAUUCCCCACCAGUUGUGACAGACCCCCAUCAUAAUGGGGGCUAGCACUUUUCUCACUAUGACAGAACCCAGGCUGUGUCCCUUACAAUGAACAUUUUAAGUUUGGUCUUUUCUUUCCCUUUGAAUAGCAGAUUCCAUAUUCUGGUGGUUGAAUGGACCCUAAAAAAAAAAAGAAAGAAAGAAAUAGCUCAGGCUAUUGUUAAACCAUUUGGCUUUAAUGGUUAAAUCAUUUUAAAUGGUUUCUUGGUGUUUUCUUUUUAUUUCCUUCUUCCUGGUAAUAUAUACAUAUAUACAUAGAUUAUAUUAUGGGUAAAGUCUCUAAUGGUGCACAUUUGUUAAGUCUGGCUGAUUCCUAAUAUGCUAACGUAAAUAGUCACGGUCUAUUUUACAGUUAGGUCCAGUGGAGCUCUUGAGGACAGUUAACUUAUUUUGAGGGCUGAUUGGGUGGGUGCGUGCAGUGUAUAGAUGAGGCCGGGCUAGAGCUCUGGUAAGCAGAGGAGAAGGUCCUGGGAAGUGGGCUCCAUUCUUUAGUCACCAUUCUGUUCCUUUCAGUUUCAGCUGUCCCCACGUUCUCUUCAGGGUGGGAAACUUCCAAACAUUUACAUAACAUUGGUAAAUCUGCCAUCUGAAGUUUACAAGGCCUAGGAAGGGCUACUCUUUUUUUUUUCUUGUCUGAAUUGCCAGUUGUAAGGUCUAAAGUGCAAAAGCUCUUCCAGCUACAAGUGGCCCGCAGCCAUGCGGAGCCGUCUCUGGGCUACCUUUUCCCAGCCAGCAGUACUGCUUUCCUCAAGCACGAAGUUUGUUCUCCUGGCUGUACACAACUCAGCCUGACACCACGGGUGCCCCCGCCUGCUUGUCCCCGGACACCAUGUGUGUUGCUGAACAGGCUGGGGAUUAUUUGGAGAAUUGACUGGUUGUGGUCCUGUAGAUUUGGGUCAAUAGUUGUUCCAAAGGUAUCCAUCACCACCCUCAACAUAGCUGGAGCCUGAUGGGUAGGAAUGGGUCCUCUGACCUGUUCCUAAUGGCCUUCUCCAGGGAGAGUCCCUUAGUGAAUUCUAGCAAGACCCAGGUCAGAGCUUAUUGGCAGCGUUAGGGACCACGAGAUGGCCAGAAUGGAUGGUGCCUAGGGCUGCACUCUGAACACUGAUUUAACUAAUGGACCUUUGUCCAGGCCUCCUUUCCACAAAUGCCAAUAAGUGUUACUAAUUUAUUCAGCUACUAUACAUAAUGAUACUCUCUCCCGAGCCAUUCAGAGGUUUCCAAACAAAGUUAGCCACUGAGUUUGAGUCAGCUCAUGAGUAAAAAGAUCCGAUCAAGGUAAAUUCUUGGUUCUAUAUUGCUGCUGUGACUUCAGAAGAAGAAAAAAAAAAACAGAAAAAGAAAAAAUUAUGAGAGCUCUUCCUAAAAUUGAAAUUUCUAUUUAAUGAAGAAGUAUAUAAUUUCAUUAUUUAUUGUUCUGAGGUUUGAUUUAUCUGAAAGCUUAAAAAGAAUGUUUUAUGUUUGCUGUUAAUGAAAUUGCAAUCAUAACUGUAUUUAACGACAACGGAAAUGUCUUGCAGUUGGCAGUGGUGGGGCAUUUGUGCAAGUGAUCUGGCAAGUUGGCACUUGAAUUUGAUUGGCAGAGAAACAUUCUGUUCCGUUCACAUGCGUGGUACGAGCAACUAUUUUCAGGAAAUUAACCGAUUGGGUUUUCCAGAAGUUUGAACACACGGUGUUCAUUCAGCAUUACCAAAUCUUGCAAAUUCUUCAGUGUUUCUUUUGAAAUUUAUUAUUUAAGCGUAGCACUAAAUUUUUAUAAAACUGUAUUUGGCAAAGUACACCAAAGACACCAGCUCAUAGAAGAUUAUGAUCAUUAAAGAACUCCAAACCUCAUCUUUUGCAAACAAAGGGUUGUGGGGUUGUUUUUUUUUUUUGUAAAUAUUUGUGUUUAUAAAUGUAUAGCAGACUAAGAGUGUUGUGGGGUUUUUUUAGACCAUUUAAUUCCAUAUUUCUGAGCGACUUAACUACAGAAUAACCCACCCAUGCUCUUUAGUUUGGAGGACAAAUUGUUUUCCUCCUCCUUUAGUUCAUUACCAGUCAUGUUUGGAAUGGCAUUUUGGUGAAUUCUCACAACGUCGACAUACUCUUGGCGUGUGAGGGAGGCUGGUGGCAUGGCUUUGUCACCUGUUCCGAACCCCCAAGAGUCAUAUGGGUUGCGCUUAAUGGCCAGAGUGGACCCCACAAAAUUGAGAUUUUAAACUUCCCUGCAGAAUUGCUCAUUAUCCCGAGAUGUGAUUGGAAUAUGGCUAUCUGCCCUCAAAUUUAGCUUUCACCUCAUGCCCCGUGUGUUAUAUCAUAAUCUUAUUUUGUUCUGCCUUUGUAAUGUAUGUUUUGCUUUGGGUCAAUUUGAAUUAAAAAAAAAACUUUGAAUCUGAUUUUUAAAAUGUAUUGGAAUUGUAUUUUCUUUCUAGUCUGCCUUAAUACUUUUAACUGCUUGAUGAUAAAAGAAAUCAUAUCCAUCACUAGUGUUUGGAUCGCUAAGAACUGGCCAAGAAUGUGGUGCAGCAAACAGCACCACACUGCAUUGUCAAAAGCCAGUUUGGUUGGUUUGGGUUAUGGUGGUCCGGGGUUUGAACUCUUUAAGAUUCUGUCCUCGCUAAGCAGGUGAUCUUACCACUCAGCCACACUUCUGGUCCUGAUUUUGCAGGCUAUUUGUUCAGAUGAAUGGUCUCACUUCCUGCCCUCGUAUACCCCUGGGCAUAGCCAGUGUUAGUUAGGCUUCCCAUUUAGGUAAGAAGCUAGGUGGGCAUGACAUCAUCCAGCUCUCUGUUGAGAGAAGGUCUUAGGAACUUUUCUACCCUGGGGUUGGUCUCAAACCAUGAUCCUCCCAAACUUGGCUUCCUGAAUAGCUAGGAGCCCAUGCCUGAGCCGGUAGUGCCUGGCUGAAGACUGUAGUCUGCAGUGUAGAGGUCCAGCACGGAGCCAUCUUGGGCCACAUUCAUCACCUGUCUCACCUUGAACAAACAAGGAUUCUAAACACAGAAAGGCCAGUGCAGUCACACGCAGUGCAUUUGAGGUAGUUGAUUGGCUCUCAGGAGAG